AGUCGAGUACGCUGUCCGAGUACUGAGUGCCGAGUGGAGGCUGGCGCGUUUCCUCUUAAUUUCUCACUGACUGAUACUGAUAAGCAAAAGUUCAAGACAAUCUAGAAAUGAUGAAGCCACUGAUAGGGUUUUUGCUCGUGGGAUUGCUGAUGUGCCAGGCACAGACCCAGCCCCAGGAUGUCGACGCAGCUAUCGUCGAGCAGGAAGCAGGCGAAACGGAUGAAGAACAUAACAUUGAGGCGACGCAGAAUCGCAUGGCUGCGCAGGUCGAGGCGGUUCUCGAACACUUCAAGCAGUCGGAUCCGUUGGGCCUGCCUGGCGUGCCCAUACCCGAUCCUAUAGACGUGCCCGAUGUCAAGAAGAACAUGGGCUUCGGCAAUCUGGAUAUGAAGGAGGUGAAGGCCUACGGUCUGUCCAAGUUCCGCAUAGACACCGUGGAUGCGGACCUAAAGUCGAUGAAGAUUAAGGGUGGCGUUCAAUUGGAUGAGAUGUUGGUUAAGGGCAAGUACAAUCUGGCCAGCUGGAUCUCACGCGCCCAGGGACCCUUUACGGUGAUCCUCAAGAAUGUGUAUGCAGAGGCCACGGCCUUCCUGGCUGUGGAACGUGACGGCCACCUAACCACAGAUCGCAUCAAGAUAGACAUUACCUUCAGGGACAUGGCUAUGGAUUUCCAAAACCUUGGUUUCAUGGGAUCCCUCUUCCAGGGCAUGGUCAACUCUGCCCCCAAUCUUGUCUUUGAUGCGAUGAAGCCAUUUAUGCUGCAGGAGGCCGACAAGCAGCUGCGCAGCGAGAUCGAUACAAUGAUCAAAACGAGCAUGGGAGAUCGCCGUCUGCCGAACUCCAUCACGCCUUUGGACAGCGCCAUUGCUGAGGGCCGUAAGGUGGUGCGCCAGAUGGGCUACGAUCCGUAUCAUCUACCGGACAUGAAUCGCACUAUGGGAGUGUUUAGCGUGCAGCUAUCGCACACCUGGAUCCACGGCAUCUCCAGCUUCUAUCGUGUCGGCAACAUAACGGCCCUCAUGGCCAAUAAGACGGUGUCGCUGGUGUUUCAGGUGGGCACCCAGCAGGUGACUGGAGCCGGCCAAUGGGAGAUGGGGCUGGGCAUGAUGACCCGUGUCGGUCACGUACAGUUUACUGUGCAACAUAUUCGCGCCACUGUGGGCGUCAGUCAGUCCCUGGACACCCGACAGCGUCCGCAGAUCACCGACCUCCAGUUCGACAUGGGCAAUAUCCAAGUGAGAUGCGAUGGCGCCGGCACCUUGGACUAUGUGAUGGAGUUUGCGGUGAAUGUGGUGCCCAAUUUGCUGCGCUACCAGAUCAUGGAUGCCAUCGAGAAUCCCAUCAAGCAGCGGGUUCAGGAGAAAUUCAACACCAUCGAUGUGGAGCAAGCCAUCAAGCAGCUGGCUCACAAGUACGAAACGGAAGGCAGCAACUUUACUUUCGAUUUUAAAAUUUAAAAAGCGGUUUCCUUUAGAAAUCAAUAUAAUAUCUGCAAUUGAAUAAAGAUUUAUAUCCCUUUCAACUGA